UGUGUAUAUAAAAACCGCCCCUCGUUGGAAUUCGUCUUUACCGAACGCACACAAAAAAGAAUUGCGAAAAAGAGGAAGCCGAACGGUUACCAUUUCCGAUUUCCCGUACCAGAGGCAUACAAAACACCGCCGCGCACCGCCGUACCACACUCCAUAAACUCUACUCUCAACGCAUGUAACCGGACCCAACACUGCAACAUGAUUUCUGCCAAGAGGCCAAGAACAUGCCGCAAUUUCGCCGCAGAAUCCGAUCUCUUUGAUGUCUUGCCGGACGAUCUCCUUAUACACCUCCUUUGCCGCCUCGCCUCCUCCGCCUCUUCCCCUUCCGACCUUCUCAACCCUCUCUUGACAUGCAAGAGGUUGAAUCGCUUGGUUCUUCAUCCUUUGGUUCUGUCUAAGGCCGGACCGAAGGCAUUUGCAGUUAGAAUGGAAAAAUGGUGCGAUUCCGCUCACCGUUUUCUCAAGCGCUGCGUUGACGCCGGUAACUCGGAAGCGAGUUACACGCUCGGAAUGAUCCGAUUUUAUUGCUUGAGAAAUCGAGGGAGUGGAGCUUCUUUAAUGGCUAAAGCAGCGAUUAAAUCUCACGCUCCGGCGCUAUACUCUCUCGCCGUCAUUCAAUUCAACGGCAGCGGUGGCUCUAAGAGCGACAAGGAUCUCCAGGCAGGUGUAGCCCUCUGUGCUCGAGCCGCUUUCCUCGGCCAUGUGGACGCACUUCGAGAACUUGGCCACUGCCUUCAAGACGGUUACGGUGUGCGACGGAACACAGACGAAGGCCGCCGCCUUCUCAUCCAAGCCAACGCCCGUGAGCUUGCUGCCGUUCUACUCUCCUCCUCGAGGGUACGGCAACAGCGCCACCACCAGUUCGGCAACCUCCCGGAUUUGACGGCGACGCGUUGUUCAUUGUUGAGCGAUUUCGGCUGUGACUUUCCUGCGACGGAGCCACAUCCGGUGAACCUGUUUUUGAGAGAAUGGUUCGAAUCGGAACGUGGAGUGGCUGCACGUGUGGGGCUGAGACUUUGCUCGCACGGAGGAUGUGGUCGGCCGGAGACUCGGCCGCACGAGUUCCGGCGGUGUUCAAUUUGUGGCACUGUAAAUUACUGUUCAAGAGGAUGCCAAGCUCAGGACUGGAAAGUUCGGCAUAAAGAGGAGUGUACAGCCGUUCAGCGGUGGCAGGAUGCGGAGGUUGACAACGCCGGCGGCGGCAUGUUUAAUGCUGUAGAAGAGGUUGAGGACGCCAACGUCGUGGGUACUGUAUAAAAUCGUAACAGCGCUGUAAUUAGAGUUUUAUUUAUGGAUAUAAAUGUAAUUUUAGUAUACAAUUUUAUUUUCCCUUA